AUCAUCCGACCACAUCUGCCAACCAGGUACGUACGUACUCGUACGUACAAGAUGCUAUGAGUAUCACCCCCCCUUUGGUUUGGUACGUACCGUACGUAACGAUUGGUACUUGGUACUCUCGCACUUACUCGAACGCUUUGCCGUGGCAAAACGGUCGACAAAUCCGUGGCGUACCGUACGGUACCGAAAACCUAAGACGAAUUGUUACAGAACAACACGUACGAUUACUCGUACAAUACCGAACAAACAUUUCUKGUAGUCAAAUCCAAAACAAAUCCGAAACAUUGUGAUUGUUUCCUCGCUCAUAUCGACAGAGUUGCAUACUGCUCUGCAAAAAUCACAGCAGCCGUUUGAAUUUCAAGCUUCAAAGACUACUCGUCGUACCAUCAUGUUUGGUCAGAAAUCAGUCCCAUCUCCAACGAGGAGUGUUCUUGUUUUUCUGUUACUUGCUCUGUUGAUUGUUGGAGAGGCUUUGGUUGUGGAAGGAUUACAGAAUCUGAUCCCGAAGGGUCUCGGUGGGCUCGGGAACGCUAAUAAUCGUGGCUCUACACYAUCGGCCGAAAACCUGGAGAAUGAGUUGCUCCGAACAAUAAGYGAGCUUGGAGACGAAAACCGUUUGUCUUCCAACAAAAGCAUCCAAGAACUCGUGRCCGAACUCGAAAAGACACCCAGCAUUCCGCAACCCGCCAUUAGCCCUUCGGUGUAUGGAAGAUGGAGGUUGAUGCAUACGGACAACGCAAAUACGGCUAGUCCAAUCCAGAGGAAGGCAGUGAGUUCGGGUGCCUUUCCGAUCUAUCAGGACAUUGUUCUCAACGACGCCGGACAGCUGAUCGUCAGCCAGGUGGUGAAGUUUAGCGAAACGAACGAGCUCAAGGUCGAUGCUCUCGCUUCUACCUCAGCCUAUCCUUUAAAGGAACUCACGGAAAGAAAGGGGGAUGGAAAAUUAUUGGGGUUGAAUAUUCUAGGCGUUUCCCUUGUUGGGGAGGAAGCCCAGGAAGACGAAAACCGACCUGACUCCCGCAUAGAUUUUGUCUUCGACGAAGGAAGAUUCGAAUUUGGUCCUGAUUUAUCUAUACCCUAUCCGGUUCCUUUCCGUCUACCGAUUCUUCGAGAUGCUGUCAAGGGGUGGAUCGAUAUCACAUAUCUUUCGGAGAAAGUSAGAAUUUCGCGAGGAAACAAAGGAACGACGUUCAUCUUGUUGAAAGAAUAGGCAGUCCUCUGGCYCACGUACUGUUGCCUCUUUGAGUGAUGAAGAGAAAAUAAAUCAUUUAUUUUUUU